UUCUGAACUACAGUGAUGAAAAAGAGCCUCACAGGAGAAGGAGUCGGUGGAACUUCCCCGACAGCAACCUGCUGUUGCUCCUCCUCUCCUCGCAACCAGCUCUCAUCCCCACCCCUCUCUUCCUCCUCCUCUAUCCUCGCUCCGUCUCUCAUUUGAUCCCAUCCCUCACUCCCUGCACCACAGAGGAAGAGCGGGAGCUGAGAGAAGACUUUUACAGCCUGGGAGACAUAUGCACAGCGCAGACGGUGAGAAAAUACAAAGGGUCAAAGAGGAUAGACAGAAAUCAAUGAUGGCACCCCACCUGUGCCUCUGGGCAACUUUGAUGCUGGUUUGGGGUUCUUUGGUGCCCCCGGUUCAUUCGGCACUGGCACCAGAGAAUGAAGUACCACUUCGCCCAACUACAUGGUUACCAGAAGGAAAGAUCACCUCAGUAACUCUUCCUAAAGGGAGACUUCGAAGGUUAUAUUUCACACUGAAGAAGAAGACCUCUGUGAUGUGGGUGACCGUGAGCCCCUGUCACCUUCCUAUUGAAUGGAGCCUGGCUGCCCGCACCCUGAAAGACAAACCACUCAAAAACCUGCAAUGGAGCACCAAGAAAAGCAUGCCUGAAAUUUGGUGGCGAGGUCCUGGAACAGAAGUGAAAAUCCACAGCUUCAGCGGUGAUACAGCAGACACCUACAGUGGCCCUUCCCAUCCCCGCGCCUCUGUCUAUAUACUGAGGCUGCGCUCAAAGCAGCAAACCACUAAAGCUACAGUGUUUCUCCAUGAAGGCCCAGGGCCCUUAGGCAUCUUUCCUCUACUGCCAGCUGACCCGCGAGUUCACACAUUAGGUGUUGGUAUGACCAGCGUAACCCUCAGCUGGGCACCGAGUGCCUCCAUAAAAAGCCUCCCAAAAGCAAAAAACAGUUUUGAAUACUGUGUUCUCACAAACUCUCUGCAAAACUACCCCAGCCUCUGUGCAGUAAAUGAGAGGAAGAAAAUAGAAGAAAAUCCGAAUCGAGGCAAGGAAGGGAAAAAGGGACAAGUGACAUCAUGGCCAGUCUUAAAAGAGCUGUGGUGGGAGGAGAGGGACAGUUAUCCUGAAUCCCAGACUCUGCCAUCCACACUUACAGAUGAUUUGGAUGAUCUCCAGUGUGCAUGUCAGGGGACAGAAAACGUUUGCACCGUCUCCGAGCUCCUGCCUGACACCUCAUAUUACUUUGAUGUUUUUGUGAUAGAUAAGGUGAAUGGGACCAGUGCAGCAUACAAGGGGACAUCUGCGCGGACACAUGAGGAAGCACGGGCUGCAGUCGUACCACUAAGAGAAGGAGAGCUGAGGUGGGUGACCUUUCAGGACAGAGGCUCAAAUUGGCAGCAGUUCUUCAGUUUCCGCCCUCGAGGGUGGCAGCAAAGUGGCCUCCUCACCUUGCAAAGCUGUGGUGGAGGUGAAAAGAUAACAGUAACUGUCUCUAGCAAGGGACAGGUGUUGACCUCUCAGAAGGUGGGUGCAGAUUUAAUCCACAUUUGGCUCCAAGGAAGUCCUUCCUAUCUUAUUCUCUUGCAACAAGACGAAACAACCACUAGCCAGGUAACUAAAGUUACAGACGCCGUUCAAUUAGGAGGUUUAAAAGCUUCAGUUAAAAUGCAGGUUUCAUCUGCCUACCACCGCAGAGGGGUGCCAUCUCUGCCCUCCACCUUGCAGAUAAAAUCUUUCAAUCGGCUGCGUGGCUGCAACAGCGUCACCCUGGCCUGGAUGGGAACAGAGGAGAGAAGCUUAUACUGUGUGUAUCGCAGAAAGCUCAGUAACUUUAAUGAAGAGGCGGGGGGAGCAUCCGCUCUGACUGCUCCUUGUCUGGGCCCAGAGUCUCGCUCUGACACUGAAAGGGUUCUCUGCAAGUAUUUCCAAGAGCUGAAUCCUCGACGGGCCGUAACCACAGCUGUGAUCGGGGGCCUGGAGCCAGGAAUGGCCUAUGUGUUUGAUGUCUAUCUAAUGAGACGCUGGGGGAUCCCUAUCAAAUAUGCCAGCAAGAUGGUGAAGACCAGAAAGGAAUGUUGAGAUGCUGCCCCCUAGAGGUGGCUUACAAGUUGUCCCUAUUAUGGGAAAGUGCAUCAACCCCGGGUAUGCUGUAAAGACAGACCAAGAGCUCAAAGCCAUUUGACUGUUGUCAAGAGACAUUUUUGGGUAAAAAAAAAGAAAAUAAAAUGUUCUCUUGAAAAAACUGUGGUCAAAUUCAAACCCUACUUUAUCAGAACGAGUGGACGACAAGGAUUUGGGAAGGAUGUACACACCAGCAAAAGUGCAUAAAAUUUUACAAAACAACUUUUGUGCUCUUUUCAUUUAGUUCCUCAUCGUUGACCAUCAUAGUGACAAGCCAGCUGUCUGAGUGCUUUUUAAUAAAAAAGUAUCUGUGUAAACAAGAGGCGGGUUUGUGACGACAGAAGUAAUUAUUAAAACAACAAAGAAGACUGUGCCAAAUUUGCACCUAAACAGAUGGGGCAACAAGGAGAGGAGAUCAGAGACGGAGGGAUUUGCAGCAUGUAUAUUCAGAGCUGCAUAUUUUACAGGCUAAUAAAACAGGUGGAAACGAUCUGAAGAUGCUAAAUUCAAAGUCUGUAUUUGUCUUUUUGUUCUGCUUUUGCAUGAAGCAGUGUGAAAUUUCUAGUGACUUGCCUCAUUGUCUUUGAUGUAUUCUUGUGCUGCUUCAAAGUCAUCAAUAAAUACUAAGGUAUCUGUAUAA